AAAAUUGAGGUGCAACUCAACUGUUGUCUAGUCUUCUCUGUGGACUUGAUCAUGGAGCUUCACUACCUCUACAUUUUCUCCACAAUCCUGCUCCUGUGUCUGUUUCCUCAAUCACUCAAUUGUCAACAAGUAUACCUCAAUGACACUGUCUAUGAUUGCUCUAACAACCCUUCUGCACCAAAAGGAUACCUCUGCAAUGGCCCUCAAGAUUCAUGCACUUCCUUCUUAGUUUUCAUGUCAAAACCUCCCUAUGAUAACACUGUAAGCAUUGCCUACCUCCUUGGCUCUGAAGCAUCUACCAUAGCUUCAAUCAACAACAUCUCAAGAAAUGACAAGAUUCCUUCAAAUAAAUCAGUCAUUGUCCCAGUCUCUUGUUCAUGUCCUGGGAAUAUCUACCAGCAUAACACACCUUACACUGUCAGCAAGAAUGACACCUACUUUGAGUUGGUAAAAGAGACUUACCAAGGCCUCACCACCUGCCAGGGAUUGAUGGGUCAGAAUUACUAUCCCUCUAUCAAAAUUCCAGUUGGUGCUGAGAUCAAAGUUCCAAUGCUAUGUGCUUGUCCUACAGCAGACCAGAAGGCAAAAGGGGUCGCCACAUUGCUGGUUCACAUGGUGAACAAUGGUGAUACAGUUAAGUCCAUAGGAGAGGCUUAUGGUGUUGAUGAACAAAGUAUGCUAGAGGUCAAUGAGUUGAAAGUGGCACCUAGUGCAAACAGCAGCAUCAUCCUCCAUGCCUUGACACCUAUAUUAGUUCCUCUGGGAGGUAAGAGUUGCAAAGAGAACCCGGAUAUAUUCUAUUGUAAAUGUUACCAGUCACUACUUGCAAAUGGAAGCUCCAAGGGGGCCUUCUGUGAUGAAUCUGAUGGCAAAAAAUUCCCUGCCAAAUUGGUUUCUAUAAUAGGUAUUGGCAUUGGUGCAGGCUUUCUGUGUUUGUUUCUUUUCGGUUACAGGUUGUAUCAAUACAUACAGGAAAAGAGAGGAAGUAUUUGUAAGGAAAAGCUGUUCAGGAAAAACGGUGGCUACUUGUUACAAGAGAAGUUCUCAUCUCAUGGAAAUGGAGAAAAUGUACAGAUUUUUUCAGCUGAGGAGCUGCAAAGAGCAACAGAUAACUAUAACAGUAGUAGGUUUCUUGGUCAGGGUGGCUAUGGCAUGGUGUAUAAAGGAAUGUUACCAGAUGGAACCAUUGUCGCAGUUAAGAAGUCAAAAGAGAUUGAAAGGAACCAGAUAGAGACUUUUGUUAAUGAAGUGGUAAUUUUAUCCCAGAUCAAUCACAGGAACAUUGUCAAACUCUUUGGUUGUUGUCUUGAGUCAGAAGCUCCUUUACUAGUCUAUGAAUUCAUUCCCAAUGGAACCCUUUCCGACCAUAUCCAUAGGAAAGACCACGAGGCUUCCCUUCCUUGGGAAAGUCGCCUUAGAAUUGCAUGUGAGGUUGCUGGUGCAUUAGCAUAUAUGCAUUUUGCAGCUUGUGUUCCCAUCUUGCACAGAGACAUCAAACCCACCAACAUAUUACUGGACAACAACUACAGUGCCAAAGUGUCUGAUUUUGGGACAUCAAGAUCAGUUCCACAAGAUAAGACUCACUUAACCACAGCUAUAGGAGGAACUUUUGGGUACAUAGACCCUGAAUAUUUCCAGUCCAGUCACUUUACAGAUAAAAGUGAUGUAUAUAGUUUUGGGGUUGUGCUUGUAGAGCUCAUAACCGGGAGAAAGCCCAAUUCAUUUUCAAAUGAAGAUGAGGGUCAGAAUCUGGUUGCAGAGUUCAUUUCUUUGAUGAAGGAGAACCAACUUUCUCAAAUUUUAGAUGCAAGGGUGCUUAAGGAAGCUAGGAAAGAAGACAUUCUUGCCAUUGCAAAUCUUGCACUGAGUUGCUUGAGACUUAAUGGGAAGAAAAGACCAACAAUGCAAGAGAUUUCAGAGGAAUUAGAAGCUUUGAGAAAGGUACAAAGUUCCUUACAGGUCAACCAUGAUCAUGAGUCAACAAAUGAUGUACCAUGUCUUAACCACGCUACUAGUGACACAGUCCAAGAAUCUAGAGAGCAAAGCACUUCACUAUUCUCACUGCUAGAGUCCACAUCCUUUUAA